AUGAAUGAUGAUACAUCACAAAAGCUUGGAACUUUGGUUUCUGAUGGUGGACCAGUGAAUGUAUAUAUAUGGGACAUGGACGAGACUCUUAUCUUGCUUAGAUCUUUGUUAAAUGGGACUUAUGCUGAGUCUUUUAAUGGCUCUAAAGAUGUUCAAAGAGGUGUAGAGAUUGGUAAGAUGUGGGAGAAACACAUACUUAAGAUCUCUGACGAUUGUUUCUUCUACGAGCAAAUUGAGGAUUGCAAUGAGCCUUUUCUUGAUUCCUUGAGACAAUACGAUGAUGGACAGGAUCUUUCUCGGUAUGACUUCAAAAAAGACGAUUUUAGUACUCCUACCGAUGACUUGAACAAGAGGAAACUCGCUUAUAGGCAUCGCGCCGUUGCGCGCAAAUACGAAAAGGGUUUACGUCCUUUCAUUGACAGUGAAACGAUGAGUAUAUUGGAUGAGUUGUAUAAUGUAACUGAUGAAUACACAGACCGGUGGCUCUCUUCUGCAAGGGCUUUCUUGGAGCAGUGUUCAUGUGUGAAAGAAGAGUCUGGUGAUGGAACAAGUGCAACCGAUCGAAGCUCUAAGGAUAUACAUAUUCUAGUGACUUCUGGGGCACUCAUACCGAGCCUUGUGAAAUGCCUGCUUUUCCGGCUAGAUACAUUCCUAAGACAUGAAAAUGUGUACAGUUCAAUAGAUGUGGGGAAGCUCCAAUGUUUCAAAUGGAUCAAGGAGCGUUUCCACCAUCCAAAAUUUAGAUUCUGUGCGAUUGGAGACGGGUGGGAAGAGUGUGCAGCCGCACAGGCAAUGCAAUGGCCAUUCGUUAAGAUCGAUUUGCAACCGGAUAGCUCCUACAGAUUCCCUGGGGUAACACCUAAGACUGUGAGCUACUACUUUGCUACUGUAUAUGGGAACUCUGAUGCCGAUACCAACGAAGAAUGA